AUGAGAGGCGCCCUUUUUGGCGGUGGGGAGUCUGGGGACAAAGUUCCCCCUCCGGGAAAGGGCACGGAUCACGGGGUGGAACUAUGGCUAUUUCCUUUCAAGUUGCUCGCCGCUAUUCUUGCUUUCGCCGCCGUUUGCGUGGCUGAUGACGCCUACAGACCAGCAUACAAACCAGCAUACAAGGAGCCUUCCUAUGACGACCACCCGAAGUACACCUUCGACUGGGCCGUGAAGGACGACUACACCUACAACAACUAUGGCCAGACCGAGAGCCGCGAUGGCUACAACACCGACGGCUCCUACUACGUUCUGUUGCCCGACGGCAGGACCCAGUACGUGAAGUACUACGUCAACGGCGACUCUGGCUACGUGGCUGAGGUCACCUACUCAGGAGAGGCCAAAUACGACUCUGCCUACAACAAACCUUCUUAUGCCCCGGCCCCGUACAAGGCUGAGGCCAGCUACCACAAGCCCGCCUACGUCCCAGCCCCCUACAAGCCCGAACCGGCCUACCACAAACCCGCCUACCAUGCCGAGCCUGCCUACGCACCAGCACCCUACAAGGCAGAGCCCGCCUACCACAAGCCUGCCUACAAGCCCGCCUACAAGCCGGCUUACAAGCCCGCCUAUGCCCCGGCGCCCUACAAGGCCUAA